AAUGCUAUGCUCUAGAAUUAUUUUCGUGUUCAUUCUAAGUAAUUUCAUCUUUUGCCGAGGUUUUGAAAAUGAUUAUCAGGACGCCGUUGACCUGAAUAAGGCGGACAAUAAGAAGAGUACUUUUGAACAAGAAAACACUGAUGAAUUUGAGAAGGACAAGAGGAAGAGCAUCGUGGGCUCAGAUGAUAGAAUUCGCGUACGACCUGCAUCAUCCCAAGUUCUGCCUUUUGGAGCCGUGGUGAAAGUCAAGAUAAGUCCACGCGCAGGGUCAUGUUCCGGAAUCCUAGUUGGGCCCCGGCACGUUUUAUCGGCUGCACAUUGUUUUCACAACGGGAAUGAGUAUCUGGCCCCGAAGAAAUCGUUGAACGUUGGUGUUCUUCAGAGUAACCAACGUUUUACCUGGUAUCGUGUUAGACAGGUUUCUCUCCCUCGUGCUUGGUACAGCACAACCCCCAUGAAUCCUGAAGUAGAUUACGCAAUUUUAACCCUCAAGAGACCCCAUGGGAGGUCGUAUCUCCCCAUCAAAGCUUUCUCCAUAAAGAAGCUCCUACCAUUCAACUCAAUGCACUUCGCCUGCUUUCCGAACGACAAGCAAGAAAAUUCAAUGUGGUAUUCGUCGUGUCCCGUCGGUUGGCAGCCGAACAGCACCAGCUACCGAACAGUCAUCAUGAAUACCUGCGAUGCUGCCGGAGGUUGCUCGGGAGCCGGCGUUUAUGUGUUAAACCCUAGGAACCAAAAUCGAUAUAUCGUCGGAGUCUUGUCGGGAACAGUCAAUAGCAGGGCGAAAAAUGUCAUAACACGCUUGACUUCGAAAAAGGUAAAAGAAAUUUGUCGCUGGAUUGGAAGGUUGGCAAAAUCAGGAUGCCGCACCAAUGGGAUUCAAUAAAACUGAACGCUAACGUAUCGAUUCUAUGAUCAAACAAGUUUAAUUGAAUUCAAAAUUAUAUUUUCAAUCAUCUUUAAAUUACAUAGAAGGGUAGAAUGUGAAAUUAAUUUAGGUAUCAUUUCAUGAAUUUCAAAAUUCAGUGAAGGAUCGAUGUUCUCCUCUUAGUUCGUUGUAAAUUGUUUCGCUGGGUGUAUUAUAUUAAUUUUCUUGAACACUAAAUAGCUAAUUCAUAAGUUUAUAAUUACUAAAAGCAUCAAAAUAAUGAAUUAAAUAGCUCCAGGCUAUCAGUAGUAUCUAAAUAAAGU